GAAGAAAGGGAUAUUUUUCUAAUCAAAAUCUAAGCAGUAGUUUUUUUCGUCGAAGAGCAAUCGCAGCAGAAAUCUUCAUUUCAAUAAACUUUUAAAUAAUAAUUUCUUUUCUCCCCCACAAUCAAACCUAUAUAACAGUAAAUAAAUAGCCAUUUGUACAAUAAAGAAAAUUUCUUUCUAGAAAGAUAUAAAUACAAAAGUGAUUUGCAUUGCAAGCCAUCAGCAGCAGAGCCUAGAAGCUUGUGUGUUUAUUACGUGCAUUGGAUAUCUCCUUGCCGCCUUAUCUUGAUCUACGCCUAACAAAAAAAUAAAACACAACAAAUCUUUGAUUUUGUUUUUUGUUCGGGACGUGCUUGUCGUUUUUAAACAACUACUUCUUCUUUGAAUAUUACUCAUUUCGUCAUAUUGUUUACGGAGGGAAGAAGCACGAGCAGCAAAGUGCUUUCAAUUCCAAAGUCUUCAAAGACGUUGUGUGUACAUGUGUGUAUAUUGAAGUAACUAAAAAACAACAACAAAAUAAUCAAUCGAUUGCAAUACUGUUCAAAAAUACGUACGUGUGUCUUGUAUAAAACUAUAACAUAAAAGAACCUCAAUUAGUUUAGUUGGGAAAUUAAUUGACAAAUUUAUAAAAGUAGUCUUAUACUUCGAGAUCAAGUACUUGAAAAAAUAAUAAUAACAAGAACAACAAUAACCAUGAACGGUAUGAACAAUAGCAACGAUGAUGUGGCUGAAUGUCCAUUAUGUAUGGAACCACUGGAAGUUGAUGAUUUGAAUUUUUAUCCGUGCACUUGUGGAUAUCAGAUUUGUAGAUUCUGCUGGCACAGAAUUCGCACGGAUGAAAAUGAAUUGUGUCCAGCAUGUCGGAAGGCAUAUCCGGAGAAUCCAGCGGACUUUACUCCUUUGACUCAAGAGGAAAUGGUUGCCCUUAAGUCGAAAAAACGACAACGGGACCAGCAACGAAAGCAAAAAAUUACCGAAAAUCGUAAGCACUUAGCCAAUGUGCGUGUAGUGCAAAAGAAUUUGGUAUUUGUUGUUGGUCUACCACCCAGACUGGCAGAUGCCGAUGUAAGUGCAAAAAUUCUCAAGAGACAUGAGUAUUUUGGGAAAUAUGGUAAAAUUCAUAAAGUUGUGAUAAAUCCAAGUACGACAUAUGCAGGUGUGCAAGGACCUUCGGCGUCAGCGUACGUCACGUAUGUACAUAACUGUGACGCUCUAAGAGCAAUACAAAGUGUUAAUAAUAUAUCAAUAGAUGGACGACUGAUUAAGACUAGCUUAGGUACAACCAAGUAUUGUAGUCAUUUUAUGAAAAAUCAACAAUGCCCCAAGGGUGAUUGUAUGUAUUUGCAUGAAUUGGGCGAUCCAGAGGCUAGCUUUACCAAGGAGGAAAUGCACCAAGGAAAGCACCAGGAGUACGAGAAGAGGCUUCACGACCAACUGAUAGCCUCUUCUGGGCCAAAUGGUGUGCCAGGCGAAGGAGGAUCGUCAACAGGUGGAAAUCCAGGAACAGGAGCGACAACAAAUGCUAUUGGUACUGGAGGUGUUCCUGUUAAAGACGCCUGGCCUAGUCUGUCUGUAUCGCCAACCAAUACUAAAGAGCUAACAAAUGGCUCUGGCAGUGGUGGUGGUGGUGGUAGUAGUGGUGGUAAAAAAGAAAAGGGUCGUGGCAAAAAAUCAAAAGGAGAAAAAGCAAAGAAAAAUAAUAAUUCUAGCAGCAAUAAAGAACAGCAAACAAAUAAUAAUAGUAGUAAUAGUAAUACGACACAACAACAACAACAAAACCAACAACAAAUCAAUGGAACGAAAGAUUCUGGUGGUCUGCUGCUUGCAGAGACAACGAAAUCUUUGAUCAGUGAUAAUAAUAAAAAAUCAUCAGAGAAAUCUUCGAUGCAGCAACAACAACAGCAAAAUAACCAACAAAUGGCAGGAGGGAAAUUAUUACAAAACGACACCAAAUCGAAUCAUCUAAGUGUAGAAGAUGAGAUGAAAUUAAUCGAAGACUUCGAAAAGGAUAAUGGUGAUGAAGAUGUUGAGGAGGAUGUCAAUGGAGAGGAUGCCUAUGCUAGAUCAAUGAGUUCAUCAAGCAGCAAUAGUAGCGAUCAACGUGUAUCACCAUUCUUAAGUGAAAGUUUAACAUCUAGUGGUAAUAGCUCCCCAGGCAGCUUCCCAGAUCAUCACACAACCAUACCGAAUACAGAUCAACAUUUAGAACCGCAUAUUAUUAGCAACAAUAUUAGCAGUAGUAGUAGCAGCAGCAGUAGCAGUACCAGCAGUGGCAGCAAUCAAGACACAAACAGCAAGCUUUCAUCGUCAUCGUCAUCAGCGUCGACACCAGCCAGUCCGGCCGCCGAAUUGAAUCAAACAACAACAUCAACAACAACAAGUGUGGCAGAUGGUAUUGUUUCACCAACGCCAACAUCAGUGGCUAUGUCGUCACCGGCCGCUGCCGUCGCCGCCGCCAUGACAGCACAGAAACUAACAAAUAUUGAUAAUAGUAGUAAUAUAAUUGAUACAACAGCUUGUCUCUCGAAAUUGAAUCUAUUCGAUGAUAACAAUAGCUUCUUUUCUUCGUCGUCAUCGUUUCAACCGUUUCUCAAAGGCAAAUUGGAUACAGAUAUGCGCAACAUUCAAAAUAAUCAUCAUUUGAGCAGUGCCAUCACAUCACAUCUACCGGAUCUACUCAAUGGCAUCGAUGGAUAUCAAAACAGCACAAUCAAUGGCACUGCAACAACAAAUGAAGAUUGGGAGGACGCAUUCAAAUAUGUUAUGAUGAGAAAUAUGAAACCAUUAGACGAUCAACAAUUGCCACUUAAUCAGCAACAGCAACAAGUACAGCAACCACAAUCACAACAACAAUCGCAGCAGCAAUCGCAGACGCAGCUACCUUUUCCACUACAACAACAACAGCAGGAAGAGUUCCUUCGAAUUCAAGAAAUGCAAAAACGCAAUUUACUCAAUAAUAUUGGAUUGUCACAAAUGAACGGACCACACGAUUUCCCCAGCAUAAGUAAUAACUUACAUAGCGCAACUGAUCUAAGUCGACUUUCCCAAAGCGCCCUUAUUCAACAUCAAACACAGCAAUUGUUGCAACAACAGCUACAACAAGAACGUCAACAGACCGAUCAUUUGUUAAGCAACAAUUUAUUCGGUACAAAUAUGUCGAGAUUCUUUGAUUUCCAUAAGAAUCAACAGCAACAACAACAACUUCAUCAGUUUGUGGUAAAUGGUCAUGGAAAUAAUAGCCAAAUAAAUGACCAUGCCAGAAUGGCUUCGUUGUUGGAAAAUAACCGAAUUAACUCGCAGUUCUUAGAUCACACAAAUGGCCUUAUAGGACAACAGCCCGUUCAGAAACAGAGGUUAGCUGGGAAAUACGAUCCAAUGGCUGCACACAAUCUACUUGGCACAGGCUUGGCAAAUAGUGUAAGUCAAUCGCAAGUACCCACACAACAGGCCGCGAAUGCUACACAACCAGCCCCGUCGUUAACGCAACAGCAGCCCCAACAGACGCCAUCUCGUCUCCUUAAUCAAUUCAGCACGCUUAAUUCAUCUGUGGAUGAUGAUUUAGGCUUUGACCCAUUCAUUGAGACACAGAAAGCUUUAGCUGAAUUAAUGGAGAAUGAAAUGGUUCAGCAACAAACUGCUGGCCACCAAAAGCACCUGUUGGAAAGUGUGCACCGAGCACGAAUGCCACCACCUGGUUUUAAUCACAUGAAUGCAUUUGGAUUCGGUGUACCUCGUGCACAAAGUAGUAAAAUUUUACCUUUCAUGAAUAUGAAUGGUGGUGGACAACAACAACAACAGCCGCCACAGCAGCAGCAACCAUCAAUGUCCAAUCAGCAACAACCAAACAACUGGAAUGCACAUUUGGGACCUUUUCAGCAACAACAGCUUCCCCUAGAUCCACAAAUGCAUAUGAGCCAACAAAACCAGAAUGGUGGCAAUCUCAAUAAGGGUUACAGCAAUAUGUCAGAUUGGACAGCUAUGGAUCCAGCAAUACUAUCAUUCCGUCAAUUCUCUUCAUUUCCACAACAGCAACAACAACAACAACCACAGCAGCAACAACCCCUUCAACAUCAUCCCCAGCAACAGCAGCAGCAACAUACUGGGCCAGAUAUGUUCAUGCAGCAUUUGACACAACAAAAUAAUCAAGGUUUUGGACCACAACCACCCCAACACCUUGGUGUCAAUUUACCAAAUAAUCUUCUCAAUCCUCAACAGAAUUCUCAAGCACAGGUAAAUUAUCCACAAAUUGCUAAUUGGCUUAGUAACGAGCAAAAUCUAUUCAUGAAUAGUUUAGCAAAUGGAUUUGUAACUAAUAGCAAUAGUAAUAAUCCAUUGAACGGUUACAAUGAUAAAUUCACUAUUUCAAUGCCUCCAGGUUUGCUUUCAAAUAAUUUAAAUACACAACAGCAAACAACUGAAUGUAUUAAUUAAAAAUUCAAAUUUAAAUAAAUAAAAUAAUAAAAAAUAUAAAUAUAUUAAAAACAAUAUAAAUAAAUUUGAUUUGAAAAUAGAAAAUACAAGAAAAUGAAAAUAAUAGAAAGAGAGAAAUGUUAAAUAUUUGAAUAUACAUUCAUUUUUCUUUUUUUUUUAAAUAAACAAAUCACCCAAAUCACAAGGAAAUAGCAAACAAAAAUAGAAGAAGGAGAGUUUUUAAAAACUAUAGAAGAAGAAACUUAAACAAAAUUAAAUCAAAACAAAAAUAAUGUUGUAAAAAUUAUAAUAAAAAUAUAUUAUUUUUGUCUUUUUCGUCGAAAAAAGUCAAACAAACAAAUAAUGAAAAAACAAAAAUUAUUAUGUUAUGUUAUCUAGUUUUUUAUUUAUAUAUUUUGUAUGUCUUGUGUUUAAAUGCUUGUUUAUAUUUUUUUCGCUCAGACUACUAUUAUUGAUAAACAAUUUAUUUAUUAAAAAAGAAAAUAGCUUUGGUUGGUUGAGUAAAUCAUGUACAUAUGGUAUAAAGUAUUUUUUGUUUUAUACAAAUAGGUACCUGUAUUAUUAGGCAUUGAAAUUACUUAAUAAAUUCUUUUGAUUAUAAGAAAUGAGUUGGUUUUAAUAAUUGAAAGCCAUUAUUGAAUUUUUUUUGACAGAUUGGUUGUAGAUUCUUUGAAAAUUUCUCUCGGUGGAAGCAAAUUUUGUGAUUGAAAUCAAGAAUUUUCUGAUUAGAAUCAAGCAUUUGAAGUUAGAGUUGCUAGUAAAACUGCCAGGUGAAAAUACAAAGAAAAUAGAACGCUUUCAGUGGAACGAUUAUGUUUCGAGAUGUAAAGUCAGUAAUGAGCUUUCUAUUUAAAACAAUUUCAUCAUUGAAAAUAAACUAAAAGAAAAGUUCUGGAGGAAAAUUCUUUUUAGUAGAACAAAUCUAAAACUAAUCAGUUUCAAUCCGACACCAAUAAUGACAAGUUUGACGUUUUUACUCGCUUUUAAACCUCGAAACAAAAAGUUCAAUGAUGAAAACCAAUGAUAACUAUAACAGAUUUCUUACUAGAAUGUUAAUUAUUGUCGAAAAUACCUGGUCCUUCUUUUAGUAUCAGGUCGCUGAGAUGGUCUAUUAUCAUUUCAUCAGCCUUAUGGAGGUAUGCGUUUGGGAGAAUUUCAUUUGUAGUCUUUUGGUUGAAUUGUCGGUUUUAAUUGACAUUUUGGGACAUCAUUUGCAAUCAACUGCAUUCUUUAUAAGCAAAAUUAGACCAAGUAAGCUAGUUAUUUUUUCAGCUGUCAUCAAUCCCAAGUUUGAGCCUUUAAUUCACUAUCUCUUACCUUCAGUUGAUCGUGCAGAACGUACCAACAAACAUUAUGCACAAAAAACCUUUACAAAAUCUAGAAGUCCAUAAAAAGUUGUGUUUUGUAUUGAAACGUUAAAGUCCUUAUUUCUCUUACAAUAUGACAAGGAAUACUUUUAAACAAAACGUUAAAUAAAACAGUUCAAUGCAAAAACAUGGUCAAAUAACAUUUUUACAUAAGUAGACUUCACGUGAUACCUUAUGUCAAGUCCCUUAUGUCGUCUCGAGCUGCCCAUUGUCUUGUAUAUGAAGAUGCACAUUAUGUUUCUCAAAAACGGAACGGAUAUUUCAAUAGGGCUGAAUUUCGAUUGUUACUGUCAAAAUAUUUGUUGAUCGUAAAUUAAAAUGAUUUCCCAAUGGAAAACGUAUAUAUGUAGAUAAAAUUCCUCUUUCAGUUUUUCUUUUUAUUAGUUUUGAAAAUAGAUAAGUCUCUAAAAAUAUGAUUAAUAUUUCCAAAUCUUUACAGAGCUUAAAGCAUUUUACUGUAAUGAACUUUAGUAAAAUGAUAAAAUACAGAAAUAUUUUAAGCUCUAUGAAGAUUAAAGUGGAAACAAAAUAUACAAAGUUUAAACAAAAUAUUGUAAUAAAACAAAUAUAUCGGCUGUUUGUUUUAAAAUAAUUCCGAAAAUGUAUUUUGUUUGUAACUUAAAAGAAAUAUCGUCAAUCAUUGCAAUAAUACACCACCCAGCUCAAAUUGAUAAAAUCGAGGCAUAUUAGUCUCAAUGAUCUGCAAACAUAUGUAUGUGGUGAACAUGUCAUUGGCACGUUAUUAGAGAAGGUGCAACAAUAAGCAAUGUUUUUAAUCAUCUCCGUUUAGGUUCAGGAAUCAUAAAUAACUUUAUGUGCAAUCAAACAGUUAAUUUUUCCAAAUGCCUUAAUCUUUAACUUAGAAAUUCACCUUUAAAGUUCUUUAUCUUCAUUUUGGUGUGUUUCUUUAUUGCCUUUAUAAAGAAUGAAGUUAGUAAAAGAUAGAAGAUUAAGUAUCUAAUAAAAAAUAUAA